AUGUGGGAGUGUUCAUACGAGAUUGUGCCUACAAACUCCAACUUUUGUUACUUAUGUAAGAAAGUGGGGCAUUAUAAAAGGGACUUCUCCCAGGUGAAGAAAGUUAUUAUAGGAAGGGUGUACUCGAUGAAUCAAAAGAAGGUGAACCCGAAUUCAACUAUCAUCAUAGGUAAUUUACUAAUCGCUGAUAAGUUAGCCAAUACCUUGAUAGAUACUGGAGCAACAAAUUCAUUUAUUUCUGCAUGCUUUGUGCAACAAACUGGCUUGAAACCUAAUGAAUCCAUGGCUGUUCAUAGAAUUUUUCUACCAUCAGACCCUAGUCUUAAAACUAAUAAGUUUAUUAGAGCUUGUAAAACCAAGAUCCAAAAUCACAAGAUGUUGGUAGAUCUUGUGGUGGUAGAGAUGUCUGAAUUUGAUGUUAUUUUAGGAAUGGACUAG